AUGGCCCGAGGCCCAGCCAACCUCCCUCUCCUCUCGAUCCCUCUCCCUCUCAUCCUCCCGAUCCCAUCUUCCUCGAGCGCCGCCACCAGUCUUCCCGAACCCCCUCGCUCCCUUCCUCCCUUCACCAGCGCCUCCUCACCAUCUCCCUCGAUCCCUGCCCGAUCCCAUCUUCCUCUCGCUCUCAUCUUCUCGAUCCCUCCAGGCCGCCGCCACCCACACACACCAGGAGGAGUCCCGCUUGGUCCCCUCGUCCUCCUCCCGCAGCCGUGCCCGAACCUCCAUGGCAUCGCUGCCCUGUUGACUCCGGCGAGGACGUGCCUCCCCUCCAGCCGCGACACCCUCUCCAUCGCGCCAUCCCUACCUCCAAGAGUCGUCGCCCUGCCCUGCCAGCGACCUCGUCGUGGCUGCCCACGAGAUUCCUGCCACCGGUGCCUGUUCCCGAUUGGAUCCGCCGCCGGUGACUUCGUUCCUCUGCUCCGUCUCUCCUACUACUUCGUCCCCGCGCCACCCAAUGACCCCGUCGUCACUCCGACCGGACCAUCCCCACCGGGCGCUGUGGGCGUGCUGUUUCUUCUCUCUCAAGAUCGAAAGGACACCAGUUACACAAAACACCAAGUACCACGACAGUCCUCCAAGAGUUUGGGUUCGACAAGUUCGAUGAUGCUAUUGUACAACUACAUUACCGAGACCGGCAAGACCGACUGAACGAAACCGCCAAGUACCUCUAUGAACGGAUGCGUCAAGGUCGCCUUGGAAAUCGCCAAGUACACCACCGACAGGAUCACACGAAUGCUCGAACGAGUGCUGAACGAAACGCCAAGUACCACGACGACCAUCGGCAUGUACCCCUACACCGCAUCGGAACGCCGAGUUCCUCUUCGGAUGUGUGUACGACUAUCAGGUCCAAAAGACCCGUCCACCAUUAUCGUCUCCAAAGAACCAUGUAACGGAACCGUCAAGUUCGACUACGACUCGUGUACGGCUACGCGGGAUUCCUCAGACGCCAAGUUCAAUGAUGCAUCAAGUUCCUCGCCGUGACCCUGAACAUCUACGGAAACCCAUGCAACGAUAGACAUGUACCACUACUGCCGCCCGUACUUCUACAGAACGUGUACCACAACCAUCACCGAAGACCGAUGAACGACUAACGAUGACCCUCCAAGUUCGUCCACGAUUGCUAUGUGCCACUACCAUCUACGUGAACCACUACUUCCACUACGGCAUGAGUACAACUACUACCACUACGAACAUGGCAAGAACGUCUACUUCCGCUACGAACUUGAUCCGUUUCAAAAAGUCUCACCUCAAAGGUAUAACCCCGAGACGACGCCCGUGAACGAAUGAAUGCAUGUUGGAUAAGAUGCCC